AUGAAAUCUGCUAUUGCAUUCUGCGUGUUUUUCUCCGCUGGCUUGGCCCUGGCGCGACCUGAUGAACACUACACCAAUCGUUACGACACCGUCAAUUUGGAUGAGAUGCUGAGCAACAAAAAAGUUCUUGUGCCCAACAUCAAUUCACAUCUCAUUGUCAAGAUCAUUACGAUGAAGUCUGCUGUAGUGGUAUGUGUGGUUUUCUUCACCGCUCUGGCUUUUGCGCGUCCUGGCGAUGACCACUAUACCGAUCGUUACGACACUGUGGAUUUGGACGAGAUCAUGAGCAACAAAAAACUACUCGUACCCUACAUAAAGUGUAUCCUCGACCAGGGCAAGUGCGCACCUGACGCCAAGGAACUCAAAGAGCACAUCAGAGAAGCACUCGAGAAUGAAUGCGGAAAAUGUACUGAUGCACAAAAGAAGGGUACUCGACGCGUUAUUGCACAUCUGAUCAACAACGAGGAAGACUACUGGAACCAGCUCACAGUCAAAUACGAUCCCGACAAGAAAUUCACUGUCAAGUACGAAAAGGAACUGCGUGAGGUUAAGGCUUAA